AUGGCGAGUGACGCCAUGCGAGUGGCCGAGAAGACCGGAGACUGGCGGACAGCUUUGGUCCUCCUGGAGACCAUGUGUGAUCAGCGAAUUCCUGACCAAGUGUCCUACCACCGCUGCAUGUCCGCCUGUGGCGCUGCCGGCUUGUGGGCGCUGGCGGUGCAUUUGUUGGCCACCAUGUGCUGUUGGCAGUUGGUGCCCGAAGUCAUCAGCUACAACCGCUGCAUCUCGGCCUGUCGAAAGGCCGCAAAGGGCCUUGAAGCGGUGAGGCUCUUGGAGCAAAUCUUUGAGAAGCAGUUGGAAGCGGAUGUGAUCAGUUUCAACACUGCCAUUAGUGCCUGCGAGAGAAGCGGACUUUGGUCAGAAGCGCUGGAGCUUCUGAAACGCAUAGCAGACGAUCGGGAGUUGGUGCCAGAUGUGAUCAGCUACAGCAGUGUCAUCAGCGCCUGUGACAAGGGAGAGCAGUGGCUGAUGGCCCUUUCUGUCUUGAGCUCCAUGGAAGAUGCCGCGGUCCGUCCCAAUGCGAUCAGUUUCAACAGCGCCAUCAGUGCUUGUGCCAAAGUGGGUCAAUGGCUUCAGGCUCUGGAGUUGCUAAAGCGCAUGGAAUUCACAGAUGUCAUCAGCUACAGUGGAAGCAUCAGCGCUUGUGAGCGGGGCAGGCAGUGGGAAAUGGCUCUCGUCUUGCUGCGCAGUGCGCAUUGCGAGCCUGAUGUGAUCUGUUACAGCAGUGCAAUCAGUGCCUGUGAGAAGAAUGGCCAGUGGCAGCAGGCCUUGCAGAUCCUACAGCAGAUGAAGCGAAUGCGAAGGGUACCAAAUGUCAUCAGCUAUAGCAGUGCCAUCAGUGCAUGUGAGAAGGGUGGCCAAUGGCUCCAGGCCCUACAGCUCUUCCACGUCAUGUCUGCUGCAAAGUUGGAGGUGGAUCGCAUUUGUUUCAACUCUCUGAUUGCUGCUUGCGAAUCACAAUGGUCUCUUGCACUAGAGCUCUUUACCAUGCUGGGGCAGCCAAAUCUCAUCAGCUACAAUGGUGCGAUGGGUGCAUGUCAAUCCUGUGGCGAGUGGUUCCAGACCCUACAGCUCUUCCAGGAGCUGCGAAAAUCGGAUCUGAGUCCCGAUGUGAUCUCCUUUGAGAUUGUCUUGCGCGCAUGCGAAGACGGUCGUCAGGAGAUCUUUCUGUUGAGAUGCUUGGAUGAUGCCCGUCGUUCCUGGCAGGUGACCGGGCGAAGCUUGCGAAGCUGA